UAUCAUACCUUUAAACAAAUAUGUAUGCGAUGCAAUAUGAACAUAUUUAUUUAUGUUUGUUAUUGGCAUUCUAUAGUAGGAUGUAAAUAAUCAUCUGGUGUAGAUGUAUGUAAUUUAGUUAAUUUAAAUUCAGUGAAGUUGGUUUUACGCUAAUAUCAAGAGAAGGCGAUUAAAAUUUAUUAUUUAUUAGAUUUGUUGGAAUUUGCAAUUUUUCUGUUAGAAUGGGACAAAACUGGUUAUUUUCUUGUGGACUUUCCAUAAUUUUAUAUAUGUUAAGUGUAUUGGAGUGCUAUAAUGAAAAUAUUACAGCCCCCUGUGCCAACGUUUCCAUCAAGCAAAACACCUGCGUCAACGUCUUCUACAGCCAAGAGGAUUUUUAUAAAAUUCACUGCUUCGAUUAUCUGCCGGAAUACAAUGCAUCUCUAGGAAUAAUCACCGACAAAAAUGAUACGAUCGUUUUCAAGGACAGCGAGAAAAACCGCGAAUGUUUCGACAUUUACAGACCAAAUUCAACGAGCACGUCAACUCAUUGUCUGAACGUAACAUACACGAAUUACUGUCUAAAGGAAAAUGUGACGAUAGUAAAUUCAACUAGAAGCCAAGGUGAUAAGCAGUAUUGCAAAACGGAUAAAGAACAGAGGACGUUCGGUAUACUUAGCGACGAUUUAAAUUUCGUAUUGAGAUGCGUUAUUUCUGGUAUAAAUGAACUGUUCAACAUUGAUAAACUUUUAGAAUCGCGGUUUUUAUUUCAUGUUCCUAAUAAUUAUCCUGAUCGAGAAUAGAAAAACGUUACGCUUCAUGAAUCAUAUUUAUGUUUCUUUAAUUCUCACUAUACGUUCCG